AAGGAGGGAAUUCAGUCUAGGAUCCUCACACCAGCUACUUGCAAGGGAGAAGGAAAAGGCCAGUGAGGCCUGGGCCAGGAGAGUCCCGACAGGAGUGUCAGGUUUCAAUCUCAGCACCAGCCACUCAGAGCAGGGCGUGAUGUUGGGGGCCCGCCUCAGGCUCUGGGUCUGUGCCUUGUGCAGUGUCUGCAGCAUGAGCGUCAUCAGAGCCUAUCCCAAUGCCUCCCCAUUGCUCGGCUCCAGCUGGGGUGGCCUGAUCCAUCUGUACACAGCCACAGCCAGGAACAGCUACCACCUGCAGAUCCACAAGAAUGGCCACGUGGAUGGCGCACCCCAUCAGACCAUCUACAGUGCCCUGAUGAUCAGAUCAGAGGAUGCUGGCUUUGUGGUGAUUAUAGGUGUGAUGAGCAGAAGAUACCUCUGCAUGGAUUUCAGAGGCAACAUUUUUGGAUCACACUAUUUCAACCCCGAGAACUGCAGGUUCCGACACUGGACGCUGGAGAACGGCUACGACGUCUACCACUCUCCUCAGCAUCACUUUCUGGUCAGUCUGGGCCGGGCGAAGAGGGCCUUCCUGCCAGGCAUGAACCCACCCCCCUACUCCCAGUUCCUGUCCCGGAGGAACGAGAUCCCCCUCAUCCACUUCAACACCCCCAGACCACGGCGGCACACCCGGAGCGCCGAGGACGACUCGGAGCGGGACCCCCUGAACGUGCUGAAGCCCCGGGCCCGGAUGACCCCGGCCCCGGCCUCCUGCUCACAGGAGCUCCCGAGCGCCGAGGACAACAGCCCGGUAGCCAGCGACCCGUUAGGGGUGGUCAGGGGCGGUCGGGUGAACACGCACGCUGGGGGAACGGGCCCGGAAGGCUGCCGCCCCUUCCCCAAGUUCAUCUAGGGUGGCUGGAAGGGCACCCUCUUUAACCCAUCCCUCAGCAUAGCAGCUCUUCCCAAGGACCAGCUGCCUUGACGUUCCGAGGAUGGGAAAGGUGACAGGGGCAAUGGAUGGAAUUUGCUGCUUCUCUGGGGUCCCUGCCACAGGAGGUCCUGUGAGAAUCAACCUUUGAGGCCCAAGUCAUGGGGUUGCACCACCUUCCUCACUCCACAUAGAACACCUUUCCGAAUAGGAAACCCCAACAGGUAAACUAGAAAUUUCCCCUUCAUGAAGGUAGAGAGAAGGGGUCUCUCCCAACAUAUUUCUCUUCCCUGUGCCUCUCUUCUUUAUCACCUUUAAGCAAAACAAACAAACAAACAAACAAACAAACAAGCAAACAAGCAGUGGGUUCCUGAGCUCAGGACUUUGAAGGUGUGGGGGAAGAGGCGAUCCAGAGAUCCCAGAAGCUUCCCCACUGCCCUGUGCAUUUAUGUGACAUGCCCCGAUCCCACUGGCAUUUGAGUGUGCAAACCUUAACAACUGAACGGGGCAAGUUGGUGAAAACACUACUUUCAAGCCUUCGUUCUUCCUUGAGCAUCUCUGGGGAAGAGCUGUCAAAAGACCGGUGGUAGGCUGGUGAAAACUUGACAAGUAAACUUGAUGCUUGCUGGACUGAGGCAGGAAUCAUAAUAGAAAACUCAGCCUCCCUACAGGGUGAGCACCCUGUGUCUCGCUGUCUCCCUCUCUGCAGCCACAGCCGGAGGGCCCAGAAUGGCCCCACUCUGUUCCCAAGUGGCUCAUGAUACAGCCUCACCUUUUGGCCCCAUCUCUGGUUUUUGAAAAUGUGGUCUAAGGAAUAGCUUUUAUAUUGGUUCAUGAAAAUCUACCCUGCUAGGAUUUGCUUUUCAAAGUGGAAAUAAAUUCCAGCUCUCCUAAGAGGCAUUGAAUUAAGGCUGUACUUCCAGGUUGAGCAGGAAUCCAUUCUGAACAAACUACAAAAACGUGACUGAGAAGGGGGCCUUGAGAGACUGGGGCCGCUCUGGGUUAGGUUUUCUGUGGACUGAAAAACCGUGUGCUUUCCUCUAAAUGAAGUGGCAUCAAGGACUGAGGGGGAAAGAAAUCCAAUAAUCAGGGGAUAUGUUAUAGAAGUUAUGAAAAAGCAACCACAUGGUCAGGUUCUUGACUGUGGUCUCUAGGGCUCUGCAGCAGCAGUGGCUCUUGGAUUCGUUAAAACACUCCUAGGCUGACACAUCUGGGUCUCAAUCCCCUUGGAAAUUCUUGGUGCAUUAGAUGAAGUCGGCUUUCAGUCCCAGGAGCCCCAGUGCUAUCUGGAGGAAACAAAGCUUCCCAGAGCAAGCAGGAGGGGCGCAGAGGAGCACCAGGCAGGUGGGCCUGACGGUCAGCUCUCAUCCCAGCCUUACCCCCUUACUGCGGUUCUUCCCGUAAGGGGACUCCGUUUUCCUACCUCUCUUUAAACGACCACCUAAAGGACAGAAUAUUAACAAGCAAAGUCGAUUCAACAACAGCUUCUUCCCAGUCACCUUUUUUUUUUCUCACUGCCAUCACGUACUAACCUUAUACUUUGAUCUAUUCUUUCUAGUUAUCACAGAAACAUUGGGCAACUGUUUUGACCUGAUGGUUUUAAGCUGAACUUGAAGGAUUGGUUCCUAUUCCUAUUCUGAAACAGUAAAACUAUGUAUAAUAGUAUAUAGCCACGCAUGGCAAAUAUUUUAAUAUUUCUGUUUUCAUUUCCUGUUGGAAAUAUUAUCCUGCAUAAUAGCUAUUGGAGGCUCCCCAGUGAAAGAUCCCAAAAGGAUGUUGGUGGAAAACUGGUUGUAAUCUCACAAACUCAACACUAGCAUCAGGGGUUUUCUUUAUGGCAAAGCCAUAAUAGUUCCUACAAUUUCUUAUAUCCCUCAUCAUGUGGCAAUAUUUAUUUAUUUAUUUGGAAGUUUGCCUAUCCUUCUGUAUUUAUAGAUAUUUAU